AUGCGUGGACAUAUCGUGUAUAAAAAGAUUAAAAGAAACCUUCAAGAUAUAGACAUCCCAGCUUUGUUAAUUUUCUUGAAGAAAAAUAAGGAUAUUACUCAUCUUAAUUUGGCAAGUAAUAGUAUUUCAGAUGCAGGCUUUAUAAAUUUGAUUGAUCACUUUCUUCUGUAUAAAAAUAUUCAAGAAUUGGAUAUUCAAAACAAUAGUAUUGUUGAUUACGGAAUUAAUUAUAUGCUUGAAUUUGGCAAGAAUUUAGAAUUGAAAAAUCUUAAUUUGAGAGCAAAUAAAUUUAGUAAUCGGGCAUCAAAAAGUAUAGCACUUUUUUUAUUAGAAAAUAAACAUAUGUGUAGUUUAAAUAUUGCGGAUGUAAAUCAAACGGCUUCUAGUUUAAUAUAUUUUAUGAUGGUUUUGAGUGCAGAUCAAGAAAUUUCCAACAAAUGUUUAAAAAGCUUAGAUAUCAGCCGACCAAAUCCAGGAUACAUGUAUUAUUUUGAUUCUGCUCAUUUUGCAGAUGUCAUUGGUCACAUGCUUAAAUAUAACACUACUCUGGUAGCUUUAUAUUUGCAAAAAUAUAACUUCAGUUGCCAUGAUAUAGAAAAUAUGAUGUUUAAUACAAAAUACAAUAAUUCAUUAUAUUUGUUGGAUUUAGGUUGUAAUAAUAUUGGGGAUCAUGGUAUUAAACAUAUUUCUGUAUGGCUGGCAAAGAGACCAGCUUUAAAAAUCUUAAUUUUAUGUAGAAACAUUAUAACUGAUCAUGGUGCAAGGAGUUUAAGCUGUAUUAUACCCUUUUCAAAACUUAUAUUCCUUGAUAUUUCGUAUAAUAAAAUUACUGAUGAUGGUAUGGUAAAUAUAUUAUAUACACUAAAGAAGAGUCCUCUUUUGAGACAAUUGAAAAUAUUUGGCAAUUGCAUUGGUCAUCCAACUGCAAAGAUAGUUAAUCGAAUGUUAAUAUCUCAAGUUUUCAAUCAAGAGAACAUAGAUAUUAGACCAUACAGAGUGGAUCAUACAUGGUAUUUCGCAAGAUACAAAGGAGAUUAUCAUAAAAGAGAGUAUUAUAAUGUUCCUUAUUGUCUUUUCUCACAAGCAAAGUCAAAAAUUUCUCCUACAAUGGCUCAUUCCAUUAGAAAAUAUUAUAAAUAUACAUACUCAACUAUGACUGAAGUUAAAUUACGACAUGUAUGA